AACUUUUAAAUAUUUUUACAAGUUGGCCACUGUAAAUCUAAUAAUGAUCUGCAUUUAUAUGAGCUUUAUAAUCGGAUUAUUUAAAUUUAAUAUUCGAUCUUAUCUUUUAAUCAUAUCUUACAUUAAGUAGCUCAACUAUACGAUUCCUUAAAUUCAUUCAAAACUUGUAUAUUUUGAUUGCCGCUGUGAUUUCUAUCUACAAGUUUUAUGAAUCAAUGUAAUAUGUAAAUAUAUUCCUUCUUGAUUUUUUUUAAUAUUUGGAAUGAAUUUUGCCUAAUAUCAUGUGGCCAAGCAUAUUAUGAUACUCUACGAGUUUUUUUUUUUGUAACUUCACUCUACGAGUUUUCUAUUUGAGUUCUAAAACAUUUUUUAUAUUGUCGAUUUUUUUAAAGAAUCCUAUUGUAAAGUUUCGAAAGAUAGCACAAUAUUUGCAACUGUAACGAACCAAAAAUGUAGUUCUUUAAAAAAAAAAAAAGUUUACAUUUUAUAAAUCUAAGACAUUUUUUUCUGUGGUCAGCCUAAGACAGUAUACAUAUUGGUUUGGCGUGCUUUGCUUAUUCACCUCUCAAGAGGUCGACAUGGUUGGUAAAAAGAAAGGUCGACAUGGGUUUUGGACUUUUUGUCAAUGUUUAUAGGAGUUAUUUGAGAUUAUUUAAACCUUUGUGGAAUAACUUUUAUGAAACAUAUAACAGUUGUUAAUUACAACUUGAUAUAUAUGUAACACAUAAAAAGCAAUCAAUUAUAGUGUAAUACAACUUGUUCGCCUAGCUAUAGGGGUAUAUGCCGUUGAUAGCAAUGUAAUUUAAUUUUGAAACCAGAAGUAGUCUCUAUAAUACUGACUAAUUGACCCACGGUUUUCUCCACUAAUCAAUUUUCAAAUCUAAAUUAAUCUAUCAACCUUGCUUUGAAUCUUUUCAUCAAAAUAAUUUUUAUAACAGAUGUAUAUAUGGGUGUAUUAUAUUACUGUAUUGUUGAGUGGUUAAUCAAAGACUAAUGGAGAUAUUUGAUCGGUUAUAUAGCAUCAUCAUUAACUAGUUUUUUUUUAAUAACCAAGUAAAUUAGAAUGUGGUAAGUAUAUCUAGCAAAUCAGGGAAACAAUAUCGCGAAACUUAUAUUAAGAAAAUAUUAUCUUCGGAUUUUAUGGAAUCAUCCCAUUAAAAGUUUAAUUAUUGAGACGUGCAUUUAAUACCACAAUUAACAUUGAUGAUGAGGAAGCAUUAAUUCAUUAUUUACGUAAAAACAAUAUAUAUGGAGACCGGAGAAGCUUCUUUGUAAUACUGUUUUUCAAUAAACAUAAAUCGUGACACUGUUUCUCAAAGAACACUGGUGAUCUCAGUAUGGAGAACGGAGAAGCUUCAUUGACCACUUGCUUGCCUUUCAAGGAACAAAAGCCCAUGCAAAAACCUAACUUGGCGGUGAAGCAACGAAAUGGGAGAAAACAACAAAACCCUAAAACCACCAAAGGUCGACAGAGGAUAGAGAUCAAGGAGAUCCAAGAAGAGAACCGAAGGCAAGUGACGUUUUCCAAACGCCGAACCGGACUUUUCAAAAAAGCAGCCGAACUAAGCGUCCUCUGCGGCGCACAGAUUGGUAUCAUAACGUUUUCACGUUGCGAAAGGAUCUACGCGUUUGGUAACGUGAACACACUCAUCGAAAGUUACUUGCGUAAAACUCCGGUGAUGCUAAGGUCUUAUUACGGCGGUGAUGUGGCAGCCGGAGUGGAUGGAGAUGGUCCGAUGUGGUGGGAGAGGGCGGUGGAAAGCGUGCCGGAGGAAGAGAUGGAUGAGUACAUGAAGGGGUUGAAUGUUUUAAGGGAGAAUUUGUGGACAAGGAUCUGCGAGAUGGGUGGUGAUCCAACGGUCCAGAUGAAUGCUCAGAUAUGUCCAGAUCUGAUGGCUCCGGUUAACUGGAAACUGAUGGAUGAGAAUCUGGCGGUUAGGAACGAUCAAGGCCAAGCAGGUUAUGAUGGAUAUUAAGGCUUACAGGCGGUUCAGUUUAUGUCUCAAAGCCAUAGACAAUGAAGAGUGCAAAUGAUCAUUUUCCAUUAUCUUCUAAAAUAGUAAAAUUUUAGAGAAAUUUAAAGUUCCACCAUUUUGUUAUUCUACGUGUGGUUUAUAUUAACAAUUUGGUUGAGUUUCUUUUUAUUGUGAUCUUGAAAUUAGUAUGGAGUCUAAGCAGGUUCAAAGUAGAGGUUUUUUUUCCAAGUAGUAUAAUCUGAGAGUUAUUUAGAAAUUAUGACACAUAUUAAAGAAAACCAAAGAUUAAUUAGUAGAUUAUAAGAGAUAAAAGAUGGAAACAUAUGAUCAUUUUAGAAAAUGUUUACAAUAUCAUCUAUGAAAGAGUAAUCAAAAUUAAAUUAAUUUAUGAAUCAAAGUUCAGUUAAAUUCAACUGCUGAACUGUUUUGCCAAAUCACAAGUGCCUGAUUAGACAAUCAUAGACAGAGAUUGAUCACACUUUAAAAGUCUCUCUACAGGUCAUUGAGCUCAGCUUCAAGGGAUCACACUGCUUUCUUCAUCACAAAACUCGUCCAUGAAGCUUUUAUGGAACUCUGUAAAACGGUUCACUAUCGCCUUCUUAAACGCCUGGAACAUGGCACUUCAGAUGCACAAUCUGGUGCUGUCUAUGCAGCCUCUACAGCUUCAAUAGCCUUUCUAGGAAGAUUAAUCCAAGGAAAAGAGAUACAUAGCUCCUUCAGCUUUGUUACAUGUUACACCUUCCAAGUUGUUAAGACACUAGUGUUCACAUUCAUUGUUCAAGCUUAUGAACAUAUACACAAAGAGACUAAAAACAUUGUACCCUAAGGUUAAUGUAAUCUCUUGACUAACCUUUGCAAGUUUAGCCACUUAAGAGAGAAUACCACCUCUUUCUACCAUGUAUGAGUCAUAAGAGUCGUCUCCAGGCUGAUCAAAUAUUUAAAAGACUGAUUAUUAGUCCUUUAUUCAGGUGCAAGAAGUUAGCGAAAACCGGUUAAGAGAGUACCUUGGGUGGGCUCAUGAAAAGGCUAGUAAGAACUUGACCAGAGAUGUUAGAACAAAGAUUCACAGAACCUACUUUGUAAUUGUUCUCUAAAAUCAGAAGUGAAACUAGUAACCUCUCCAUGAAACCUCCUCUCUUCCCGCAUUCUCCAUAGUAACCUUUAGAGACUGAUUGGAACGAGACCAAGGCGAUAUCUUUUUCUCCAUAUCCCAAAGACCGAGCCACUUUCUUGAAAGAAUGAAAAUUUCUUGUCACGGACGUAAACAUAUUCUUGGUAAACCUCGUCAGCUAAAAGAACCAAACCUUCUUUCUUGCAAAACUCAACAAUGCCACGCUGGUUUUCUACUGGAAGAACCUUGAACCAGAACACAAAAGCUGAAAAACAUCACAGGAGAUUGUUACUUCUCAGUCUUAAGUCUUGAAAAGCUGUUUCUUACCUGACCAGUGGGGUUGCCAGGGUUUCUGACAACCAAGGCUUUUACAGUAAUGCCCUUAGAGCUAGCUUCCUCUAGUUACUUCUUAAGUUCAGAUAUCUCCAGUCCCCAUCCUAUUGCUUCAUCAAGAUAGUAUGGAACCUAAGCGAACAAUGAUAGUCAAAAGAAAAAUGGUCCCAAUAAGAUUGUUCCAUAAUGCUUAAAUGAACAUACCAGAGAUCCACCGUGGAGGGAAACUGAAGCAGAGUACAAUGGAUACUGAGGCAAACUUAUGUUUACUUGCUUUUGUAAGCAAGAUGGGUUCGAUAUGGGAAGAAUUAGCUCCAAGAUUCAAGAAUCGUCUUGAACAAGGUAAAGUCAGGUGCUGUGGUUUCUCUGAUAGCGGUUAGCCAAAGGCUUCAGAGUCGUGAACAAAAGGUUUUAACUGAAAAUUUACAUCUUCUUUAGUUUUUUAAAAUGUUCUAAAAGAAAAUUGUAGCUGAUUUUGCAGUGUUAUGAACCCUAUGCUGGUGCAGUAUGUUCUCUACAAAUAAUAAAUCCUUCAUUCAUUGUUCAACGGUUACUGUUUCUUGAUAAGUACUACCUUGGUUGCCAAGAUAAGUCUCCAUGGGAGUUGGCACCUGGUGCAAAGAUAUGCGUGUCAUGGGUUGUUUGAUCCUUCAAUACACUUAUUUUCAAGUCAUGAAAGGUACGUUUCCUUUUCUUCUUGUGUUUACAAAACAGUUUCAUUGGAUUUAACUCCAAGUUUAGCUUUCCAUGCACGUUCACAGUAUUUUUCCCAACUUUUUCUCAAUUCUCACAAAAUCUUAUACACACAUGCAUAACAAGCUUUUAGUUAUAUGACACUCUUUGGCAAAGAUGACUUGAAAAAUAGACAU